AUGGCUUUGAAGCGUCAUGAGUGUUUGGCCAAGCGCUUGGUACGGGAACCAGAAUUGGCAAGAGUUCUCCAGGAGAAGAUAGCGGACUACAAAGCGAAAGGAUAUAUUCGAAAACUUUCGAAGCAAGAAGAAGCAAUGCAUAAGGGACGCUCGUGGUACCUGCCGAUCUUUCCAGUUGUAAAUCUCAAUAAACCAGGAAAGCUUCGCAUGGUUUGGGACGCAGCAGCCAAGGUAGGCCGCGUUUCACUAAAUUCGUUUCUGUUGAAAGGACCUGAUCAAGUUACGCCUCUUCCAAACGUUCUACAGCGGUUUCGUGAGUAUCGUAUAGCGGUCUCAGGGGAUAUUCGCGAGAUGUUCCAUCAAGUGCAGAUCAACAACGAAGAUCAGCAUAGCCAAAGGUUUCUGUGGAAUGAUGGAAUCCUCAGCGAUACCCCAACGGUUUAUAUCAUGCAGGUGAUGACGUUCGGUGCGAGUUGUUCUCCCAGCAGCGCACAGUACGUCAAGAAUCUAAACGCAGGUCGAUUUAAGAACCAGUUUCCAGAAGCAGUGGAGGCGAUCUGUAACGGAACUUACGUCGACGAUAUGCUUUAUAGCGUCGAAUCGGAAGAAGAGGCGGUGAAACUGGCGCAGGAUGUACGGUUCAUACACGCUGAAGGAGGGUUUGAAAUCCGGGGAUGGUUGUCGAAUUCGAAAAAAGUUAUUGAUGUCAUGGGUGAUCACAGUUCUUCUCAAAAGGAUUUGAACAAGCCUGGGGAGCUAGCAACCGAGAAAGUUCUGGGCAUGUGGUGGGAUACUGUCAGUGAUACGUUCACAUUCAAAAUUCCGCAACGAUGCAAGCACGAGCUGUUAUCUGGACAGGAAGCCCCAACCAAACGGGAGGUGCUGCGAAUCCUCAUGUCAGUCUACGAUCCGAUUGGGCUUCUCGCAAACGUGCUGAUGUUCUUGAAAGUCCUACUUCAAGAUAUUUGGCGUUCUAAUGUUGGCUGGGACGAACCAAUAGCAGAUCAGCAACUCGAGAAGUGGAGAACAUGGCUCAGUGUGUUACACAACGUCGAAACAGUUUCCGUUCCUCGGUGUUAUCGAACGAUGACAACGUCGUCAGCCAAAUCCAAUGAAAUCCAACUGCAUGUAUUCGUCGAUGCAAGCGAAAACGGAUACGCAGCAGUCGCCUACUUUCGGUACGAAGAGGGCAACACGAUAGAGUGUGCCUUCGUCACUGCCAAAACUCGUGUAGCGCCACUAAAGUACGUUUCGAUUCCCCGACUGGAGCUUCAAGCAGCAGUGAUUGGAACACGCCUGGCGAAGGCGAUAGGAGAGACGCAUCGAAUAGCCGUACAAAAACGGUUUUUUGGACUGAUUCGAGAGAUGUUCUUUGUUGGCUGCGUUCGGAUCACAGGAAAUACAGCAAGUACGUCGGCGCCAGAGUUGGCGAAAUUUUGGAAAACAGUGAACUUUCGGAAUGGUUCUGGGUUCCGACAAAAAUGAAUGUCGCAGAUGAAGGCACGAAGUGGCAAAGAAUUCCUGAUAUUUCGUCAUCAAGCCGAUGGUUUAACGGGCCUUUCUUCAUGUGGCAGCAGCGAAGUUCGUGGCCACCUCAGCCGAUGAAUCACGGAACUACCACAACAGAAAUCAACCAUUCGGUAAACCUUCAUGCUGUUCGAGUUCCAGUCAUUAACUUUGCUAAAUAUUCGAGCUGGCGAAAGCUUGUCCGAGUUGUUGCUUAUAUGCGCCGGUUUUACAGCAAUAUUCGGGCUAGAAUACAUCAGAGUACACCCACGAUCGGAAUCCUCAAACACAGGGAGUUAUCUGAAGCCGAAAACUUGAUCUAUAUACAAGCACAGCUAGAUGAGUUUAGUAAAGAAAUGUCCUUGCUAUUGCGUUCCAAGGAUGAGGACGGAAGAAAGGUAGCUCGUAUUCCCAAGCACAGUUCGAUCUACACAUGCUCACCGUUCCUAGACGAUAAUGGGGUACUUCGCAUGCUUGGAAGGGCGGCUGGUUGCCAAUUCAUACAGCCAGGCUCCGCUCAUCCUAUACUGCUACCGAAUAAACACCCGAUUACCACACUUAUCGUACGUUUCUUUCAUGAGCGCUACCAUCACCUGAACCAUGAAACAGCAGUUAACGAAUUGCGCCAGAAGUACCGAAUCCCGAAGUUGCGAAGAGUCUGCUACAAGGUACGGCAAGAAUGUCAGACCUGUAUGAAUGCUAGGGCUCGUCCGCGACCGCCCGUUAUGGCUGACCUUCCGCUGGCAAGGCUUGCAGCAUAUUCUCGACCAUUUUCCUAUGCUGGUGUCGACUACUUUGGCCCGAUGCAGGUAGUCGUUGGUAGACGCGUUGAGAAGAGAUGGGGUGUGCUCAUCACGUGCCUAGUAGUCCGUGCCGUCCAUAUAGAGAUCGCCCACACGCUUAAUAGCAGUUCCUGUAUCAUGGCGUUGCGGAACUUCAUGGCCAGGCGUGGAACGCCUUUAGAACUAUUCAGUGAUCGUGGAACUAAUUUCGUUGGAGCAAAUCGUGAACUGACCGAAGCAAUUCGCUCUCUAGAUCAGGAGAAGCUCAUGCAAGAGCUCGAAACCCCAGAUACCAAGUGGACGUUCUUGCCACCGAGUAGCCCACACAUGGGUGGAAGUUGGGAAAGAUUGGUGCAGUCUGUUAAGAAAGUACUGAAUAAUAUGAAGCUUCCAAGAUUGCCAACCGACGAAGUUUUCAGGAACAGCCUCAUGGAGGUGGAGAAUAUCCUAAAUUCGCGACCCUUAACUUACGUACCCAUCGAGGAUGUCGAACAUGAAGCCAUCACACCCAACCACUUUUUGUUAGAUUCAUCCAGUGGUUCCAAACCAUUACUACCCUACGACGAAAGCCUCGCUACGCUAUCGAACUCUUGGAAAACAUCACAAACUCACGCGAAUUUGUUCUGGAAGAGAUGGUUACGAGAGUAUUUGCCGUCGAUAAAUCGCAGCACAAAAUGGCAUUAUCCAGCUAAACCAAUCCAGAUUGGUGAUGUUGUCGUCAUUGUCGAUCCAGAUCUGCCAAGAAACACGUGGCCCAAAGGACGUAUUGUGGACGUCAAGCUGAAGGAUGGACAAGUUCGUAGUGCAACAGUGAGGACAACAGCGAACAUUUUCGAACGCCCAGCAGUCAAGCUGGCGGUUCUAGACGUCGGCGCAACAUCGAAUACACAGGAACCCGGAGCCUGUGUACUGGGGGGGGGGGGAGUGUUACGCAACAUGCGAACGCGCCUCCGUUAUCAAUUUACCCUCAACGAGGUCAGCCGCCCCAGCUGCAAGUGGGACAGCGGGUAACUGACAAGUCAGUGGUAAACAAACAAAAAAAAAAAGGAUAGCGACGACGAAGAAAGAUAUCGAGAUUAAAAAAGUGGUUUGAGAUAGUCAUUAAAGCGAAAUUAAAUUGAAACUAAUAGCUAGAAGUACGGUUUAGGAUUGUUUUAAGGUUGCUUAUAUAUAGUAGUACGGAGUGGAUUAACAGCUAAAAGUACGGUGCUGAAUUCUUAUAAUUAAUAGUACGGUUGAGUUUAUUAAAGGCUAGAGGACUGUUACAGCUAGUUCGUGCUAUUGAAGCAUCGCAGGUAACCGAGCUCAUGAUAAGGGUUAGACGACCGUACGAGACCAUUUCCCGGAAGUGACGGAAAUAAGUGAAAAUACUAAACACAAACCCUGAUGGCCU